AUGAUUCGAAAAAGGAGAGAUGAUUGUGCACAAUACAAGGUUGAAUCGUCAAAUCUAGUUGUGUUCACUAUUUAUGAUGAGGAAACACCCUACAUUGUAAACAUGGAGAAAAAAACAUGCACCUGUAGGAGAUUUGAGUAUGAUGAAAUGCCUUGUUCACAUGCAAUGGCAAUCAUCAUAAAGCAAAAGCUAAAUUGUUAUGAUUAUGUCUCUUACUACUACACAAAUGAAGCAUACAUCGCAACUUAUGAAGACUUCAUAAUGCCAUUAGGAGAUCAACAUUCAUGGGAAUUGCCUGCAGAACUAACACAACAUGAAGUUUUACCACCGUUGACUAAACGUCCAGCAGGAAGGCCAAAACAAACUAGAUACCGAGCUUUCAGUGAGUAUAAAGUACAAAAUUUAUGUGGUCGUUGCGGUGGUAAGGGCCACAACAAGAGAACAUGCAAAAAUGAAUCAUUAAUAAAAACUACCAAUAAGCAGAAGAGUGUUUGA